AUGUUUCCCAUCAGCAGCAAUGACUCUGUCAUUUCCACCUUCCUGGUGACAGGCACACCUGGGCUGGAGGCCGUGCACACCUGGAUCUCCAUACCUUUCUGUGCCAUGUUCUUGGUUACCCUGGUGGGCAACACGACCAUCAUGGCAGUUAUCUGGAAGGAACACCCCCUCCAUGUGCCUAUGUACCUCCUCCUGGCCAUGCUCGCUGCCUCGGAUCUGGGUCUGUCCCUCUUCACCUUCCCUACAAUGCUGGGGAUCUUCUGGCUGGAUGCGCGAGAGCUCACGUUCUCGGCUUGCUUCGCCCAAAUGUUUUUCAUCCACACGUUCCAGGAUCUGGAGUCUGGGGUCAUCCUGGCGAUGGCCUUUGACCGCUACGUGGCCAUUUCUCACCCGUUGCGCUAUUCUUCCAUCCUCACCAACGGCGUAAUUGCCAGGAUAGGCUUGGCGAUCACUGCGCGAACCCUGACUGUGCAGGUGCCCCUCCCGAUCCUCCUGAGGAGGCUGUGCUUCUGUCGCUCCAAUGUGCUAUCUCAUCCCUACUGCCUGCAUCCAGACAUCAUCAAGCUCUCCUGCUCCAACACCAGGGUCAACAGCAUCUUGGGACUGUGCGUGGUCCUCUCCACCAUGGGACUUGAUUUUUUUCUCAUUCUCAUUUCAUACGUCCUGAUUCUGAAGACGGUCCUGAGCCUCGCCUCCCACGGUGGCCGCCUCAAGGCGCUCAGCACCUGUGUCUCGCACCUCUCUGCCGUGACCCUCUUUUUCACGCCCAUGAUCUGCCUGUCUCUUCUGCAUCGCUUUGGCCCCAGACUCCCCUGGCACAUCUAUGUCACCAUGGCCAACAUGCAUUUUCUCAUCCCUCCCGUGAUGAACCCCAUCGUGUACGUGGUCAAAACCAAGCAGAUACGAGAGAGAAUUCUGAAACUCUUCCUCAAAAAAGGACCAGGAGGAUCUCAAGUCACAUUCAGUAUGGGAAUGAGCACAGACAAACAGAAAAAUGCCUCAUGA